AUCUUUGAGGGAGAGAUAGUGGGAAUGAUACUAGGAGCUGAGCUACUUAGACGAGAAGGAAAGGUCAGAGCGGCAGUCAUCAAUGUGGAUAAUCAAGCGGCGAUACGAGCAACUCACUCAUUCGACACCACACCAGCUCAUUACCUCAUGGACCGAUUCCACGAAACGCUACUAAGCGCCCUCACCGUUCAGGACUCCAACACCAUCCCCAUAAGAUGGACACCAGGACAUGUAGGAAUCGAGGGCAACGAAGCAGCGGACGCAGAGGCGAAAGAAGCAGCGCGAGGACUCACCAGCGAGACAAAAUCCCUUCCCAUAACCCUUCGC